AUGGAUGACGUUGGAGAUGAUGUGCUGAGGAGGAGGAAUCUAAAAGAAGAGGAAUUGAAAUGUGAAGAAGUGAAUAGGCAGGAAGUGGGAUUAGAACCUAGAAAGCUGUCAACUCUGCUCAAUCAUACGGAAACAACGGAAGGAAAUUUCAAGAACAUCGCCAAUGGAAAAGCUCAUAAUCAAUCGGAUUUCUGGACAACGUCUACAUCACCUAUGUUAUCAUCCCCAUCAUCUUCACCUACAUCAGAUCCGAAGGAAUAA